CUUCGAACGCUGUAGUUAUCACAAUGGCUUCCGUGCGGGACACAGCAACUUUCUUCACUGAAGGUUCUGCGAGUCAAUUUGAACAUGUUUUAAGUUUAUAUCCUCAAGCUCUCAGGUUAAAAGCUGAAAUGAAGAAUAAAAAACCAGAGGAACUCAUCAAAUUGGACAAUUGGUAUCAAAAUGAGCUACCCAAAAAGAUAAAGUCUCGGGGGAAAGAUGCACACUUGAUCCACGAGGAACUGGUACAGCUGAUGAAAUGGAAACAAACGCGAGGAAAGUUCUACCCUCAGCUGAAUUACCUGGUGAAGGUGAACACGCCGCGGGCUGUCAUGGCCGAAACCAAGAAGGCUUUCCGCAAACUGCCCAACCUGGAGCAGGCAAUCACUGCCCUUAGCAACCUCAAGGGCGUUGGUACUACCAUGGCAUCAGCUCUACUGGCAGCUGCAGCCCCUGAGAAGGCACCCUUCAUGGCAGAUGAAUGUCUGAUGGCGAUCCCAGACAUUGAAGGCAUCGACUACACGACCAAGGAAUACCUCAACUUCGUCAACCACAUACAGAACACUGCCGAGAGGCUAAACAAAGAGACAAGCAAUGGAUGGUGGAGUCCGCACAGAGUGGAGCUUGCGCUGUGGACCCAUUACGUUGCCAGUGAACUCAAACCGGAAUUGUUGGAUGGGAUGCCUAACGGGUCUGUCCACCAUCAGAAUGGUGACACGCAGCCUUCCCCUCCUGCCGAGGUCUUGAGUAUUCCCGCUGAUGAGACAACUACGGACGGGUUGGAGUGUUCUGAUGAGAGCAACCUGGAAGCGAAUGGAGACAAUGGCAAGGUGGAUGCCGCAGAUGACACAACCACCACCUCCUACCCGGAGACAUCAGACCAGGAUAGCUGCAGUCUGCAGGAGGAGCCGCCCACCAAGAAACUAAAGGCAACGGAUGUCAAGUGACCAUCGCCGUUUGAGCAUUACUUUUAAAUCUCAUUUACAGUUGUUUUUUUUUAUAUUUAGAACAGAAGUGGUGUCCGGCUUUAAUGAACGUAUUGGAUGAGCCUCACUUGUUCGCCAACGACGAUCAAAUAGAAAUACCGACUUGUUGAUACGCUUGAGUCAGAUCUAGCUUAACGAGAGACUGCAGUUGAUUUACUCAGGGAGUUAGAUUUCGAUUAAUAUUUAAUCGAAUGUGUUUUCUUGUGGUAAUAGGAUACAAUGUGUGUUUUAUUACAAUGACAGAUUUUGUGGUAAAGCGGCGAUUUUUAUUUGUGUGAUUAGAUGAAAUCAGUUGUUUUUAAUAAAAACGUUUGUUUUUACUCUCAAUCUGUUGUUAGCAUUUAGGUUAAUGAUAUUAUGGUCUCGAUGUGUCUUGUGUUUGAAAGUAAGAUUAAAAAAAAGACAGUACGUUAAGACGUAACCACUAAAAAUGAUGAUUCCAAUAUUAAGAUUUUUAUGUCAUCAGUUUUUCAAGAGUGUGGAUUAACUUCACACUCCCCUUGUAAUGGCGAACCAGUGGGGCCUUCAACAAACAUUGGAUGGCUUAUACGGUGUUUGGAGACAUGGCUAAAUUAACCCGAAAAGAAAACAAUUACGGUAGUCAAAUUGUGUUCCGGAGUAGGAAAACGCUUGGGAUACUGUGCCUUUUGUGGCUACCUCUUCAUAUAAAUGUUCUUGAAACGUGUGCUAACCAAAUACGGAACUUUGAUUUUUCUAAGACUCAUUAGAAUUACUGUGUGACAUUUGUUUUAUGAGCGUUAGCACACUUUUUGUCAGCAUUUACAUAAAAUCUCGCCGUCGAAUGUUCCAAAUUGCCGUGGGCUGAUCACUCGCCAAUGGUAGAGCAACACGACUAGAUAUGUGUUUGCCAAUCGUAGUGCAACACGGCUAGGUGCGUGUUGCUAAACGGAUUUGACAUCUAAGCGUUUCUCGCUCAGGUUCCCAUUCUGUACACCACUUACUUUACUUAGGAUUAGUUUAAUUUUAGGGUUUUCUGAGAGUCGUGUGAGUCCGUGUGUGAAUGAUUCGGUUAUACGAGUUCUAUUGGUGUAUGAUUUUAAUACUAAAAAUUAAUUUUAAGCUUUUUCACUAAAAUGUCAUUAGUGAGUCUUGUCUUCAGGUGAAGUUUUUUGAUUACAUUCCAUUUUUUGCACCUGCAUAUACUUCUGUUUAUUUAGUGUUUUUGCCCGUGUAUUUUUUCAUUUUUUUACCCUAUUUGUGCAAAUGGAAGCCCUUAUAUUACCGCACUGAUCACGUACCUUUCUCUGGUAAAAUAGGAUUUUUAUAACAAAUUUUUGUAAAUAUCACAUAAUAUUGGUGAUUGUUAUUUGAAUAGAUGCUGACCAUUAUGCUAUUGUCGGUGGUCGGUGAGAAAUUUUGUCCCAAUCGAUAUUCGGUUGGUAAUGCUGUUAAUAGUUCUUGUGUUUUCUCAUCAACUUGUUAACGCUCUUCUAAAACCCUUGUUAAGGUUUCUGCAGUACAAGUAUAGAUUACUAGUUGCUAGAUUGUCUUGUGUUUUAUAAAAUGGUGCUCCAUGCUACUGGAAAUUCUAAACUUUUUUCUUCAUUUUUGUUGUUUGUCAAUUUGAUUUGUUUAUUUAAAGUACUACAUUCCAGUAUCUUGGAUUUCUCACUUAAGAGGUAAAUAUUUGGUAUUUUUUGUUUGGGAAUGGUUUGUUUAGAUUCCAGGUAAAAUAAAUACUGGUUAAAACCGUGCCUUGAGUCAACUUUUCCCUCUCCAAUGAAUUUAAAAAAUACCAAAUUCAUACAUGCCCAAGGAAAAUGAGUUCAAAAUUCAUUCAGCUUCAGCAAGCAGUUUGGCAUAGUUUUUUUUAUUGUUUCUAGAAAACUGAGUCUUGAAUGAAAUAGGUUUACUUAUUCAAUUUAUAGUGUACAAUAUAAAUGUGAGUUUAAAUAACGUAUACGUUGCAUAAUUAAAUAUGUAUUUGUGUGAUUUUUAAUACAAUUUCUCAACAUUCUAGUUAAUGCUUUAUGUACAUAAUAAUGGUUUUUAAAUUUGAUGAUGUACUUUUAUCUUUUGUAUUAUUUGUUCUGUUAAUUAUAGACUUAAUAUAUAGUUUUAUAUGUAAUUCUAUUUCAACAAGUAACUUUGUUUUAUUUUAGUGCUGAUUAAAAUUAAUAACACAAUUUUAAAUCAGUUAUUAUGCAGACAAAGAAUUAAGAUAAUUCUGGAAGUACUUAAGUGAACGAAUCAAAUAGGCUUACAUUUAUUAUUUAUGUAUGGCUUUUUCAUAGCCUUGUAAUUAGAAAAUUUGUCAUUGAUUAUUUAUAUAUUUGUGUUUGUCAUACUUCUUCAUUUUGUUUGUAAGUCUCAUAUGUUGAACGCAACUGUGUGAUCAUUGAAAUAAAGUUGUAUAUUUCAUUAGA